AACUCGGUAAUUCCUUCCACCAGCCCACAAUAAUGCCACAAAAGCCAAGACAAAUCACAAUGCUCAAGCUCUACAGCCUGCUAGUCAUCACCGCGGCCGUCACCGGCGGCUCGCUGGGCGAGAUGGUCUUCCGCUGCCCGGCGUGCACCGCGGAGCGCUUGGCUCUCUGUCCGCAGCUCAACGAGCCUUGCGCGGAAAUCGUGCGCGAGCCGGGCUGCGGCUGCUGCCCGGUGUGCGCCCGACAGGAGGGCGAGACGUGCGGCGUGUACACCCCGAGGUGUGCCGCUGGCUUGCGAUGCUACCCGACGCCCGAUUCGGAGCUUCCCCUGGAGCAACUGAUGCAGGGGCUGGGUCUGUGCCGGCACACGGUCGACACCGACACCUCCAGCCUGGAGCACCGGGAGCAGACCAGCGGUGAGACCUUGGAAUUGUUGUCCGAGUCCAGCCUGAGCUUAGGUAAGGACACCACUUGGAUGGGACCCAAGGAGACCGCGAUCCGCCAACAUCGUCACGAGACCCAGACGAAGAUGAAGAGCAACAAGGUGGAAGAUCUUAAACCGACACGACCCAGACAGACGCCAUGUCAGCAGGAGUUGGACCAGGUGCUGGAGAGGAUCUCCAAGAUGCCCUUCAGAGAUAAUCGAGGUCCACUGGAGGACCUCUAUGCCCUGCACAUCCCGAACUGUGACAAGAGAGGGCAGUAUAACCUCAAACAGUGCAAGAUGUCCCUUUAUGGUCAGAGGGGUGAGUGCUGGUGUGUAAGCCCCCACACGGGGCGACCCAUCCUAGCAGCCCCCACUGUGCGGGGCAACCCCAACUGCAGCCAGUACCUUCCAGAGCUGGAGCUGGAGAUGGCCAACAUGGAGCAGAUACAAUAAUAAAACAAAAAAAAAAGCAACUGUGAAGCAUCUGGGAACAAACAAUGAAUAAGUGAGGUGCAACUUGCAAGCUUCAGACAGCGCAUAUUGGUAAACUUAACAUGUUUAAAAAAAAAAAAAAAGAUUUAUAGAUGCAAAGGGUGCUUUGGUUUAUUUUAUGUCUUUAAUGGUGCAUUGAGAUACUAGUUUGUUGUGUUUUGUGACUACAUGUAACUCAAAACACUUGAUAUCUUCUUAACCCAUUGAAAUAAAAAAACACUAAUAAUGUACUUCAUGAAAACGUACUGUUAUGGAAUAAUUAGACAGAAUAAAAAUAAUUAAAUGGA